ACUGCACAAAGACGAAAUCAGAAGUUGAACCUGCAGAACGGGCACAUUAUUAAUUGUUAGAUGCACUUCAGAGAGAGUAGUAUGAAGCCUGUCGCAGUAUUCUAAUGGUGAGAAGAAUGAAUGAGUGAAAAUUGUCUGGCUGGGUUAGCAAAGAGGCUCAAUCUAAUAAUAGUCUUAGAUUUUAAAGUAGACUACACUGACUGCAACAAAAUGACAUCGGCUAAUUAAUGCAUUCGCAAAAGCAUGUGUUUACAGAUUCAUGGAUUGUAUAGACUAAUUGCACCAGAAUGUAUGGAAGCAAAGCAACAUAUGGUAGCCUAAUUAUCAGAGGAAAUGCUCGAUUCCAGUCAAUUGACAAUGUGCAGUUACCACUUCGCCAGCGUUUGCACACCCCUCUACCUCUGAAACUCCUUGUAAACAAGUUGGAAUUGUAGGGCGUGUGUCUUGGAAAACAUGGCAGAGCCAAUGAGCGCCGACAUCCUUACCACAUGGUUCAGUUGUUUACUACAAGAAGUGAAAACCGACUGGAACGGAAGGAAGGAAAACCUGGUUCUAGCUCCAUUUCCCUCUGUUAUUUUAUAUUCGACAGUUGACGAUUACUGUCAUUUUCGACGGAAAGUACCAUCGCUGUUCUGACAAUUAGCCAAGCGCUAUGCGAACGGUUGACAUGCUUUGUGUUCUUUUACCAAGAAGGUUGCCACUGCGCGGUGGAAGUUGCAGUUAAAUUCCGAUCCACUAGGACUCCACCCCGCGUUUGCGUUAAUGCGUCAUUGCAACCCAUUCCAAGCGUAGAAAAGAGCGUUUUCAAGUUACAGCCGGUCAUAGCGAGCUUUUCGGAAGGGGGUGUGUGAUAUUGUUGAAUCCUGGUGAAGGUUGUGUUGAAGAGGAAAGAAAAUGACAACGCCUCUGCCCAAAACUCGUCUGGGGAAGCGUUCACCCAUGGGGGCGCUGGUGAUGUCCCCUUGCCCCAUGACCGAGCUGUUCAGUAUGCCCACUGCUCUGCACCACGCCACGCCCGAACCCCGCCUAGUCUCCUGCAGCAUUGACGUUCCCAAGAGCUACAGGAGCCCUGAAGCGAUAGACAUGGAUGAGAUGAUGGCUGCGAUGGUCCUCACCAGCCUGUCCUGCAGUCCGGUAGUCCAGAGUCCGCCUCAACGGGACCCUGCAACAGCGCCCGCCUGUCGGAUGGAGUGCAGCGGUGGAGAGCUGUCGGACAGCGGGAGCAGUGGCUGCUGGAGCUGGGACCGCAGCAGUGGGAGUCCCAUCCCUUCCCCGCCCAUCGGCGAGACGGACAGCUCCCUGGCCCCUCCCCCCGACGAAGGCCUGGAUAUGGAGAUGGAGCAGGUUCUGUUCGACGAGCCGACGCCGCGGAAACGCAAGAACUCAGUGAAGGUGGGGUACAGGUGCCUGUGGCCGAGCUGUGGGAAGAUUCUGACGUCUGUGGUGGGGAUCAAGCGACACAUCCGUACUCUACACCUGGGACACAGCAGUGAGCCGGAGCAGUCACGGAGAGAAGAGGAUUUCUACUACACUGAAAUCCUGCUGGACAUGGACCCGACUGCUCCGUCUGCUGCACUGCCAGCCUUGCCACCGGCUGCUCUGCCCACCAGCCCCAGUGCCCCCUGGGCCUCUUGCUCCUCCCCACGCAGCCCCGCCCAGCAGGCUGCAGCGGGGCCUGGGGCUCGCACGCCCGACCCAGCUGCCCACGAGGCUUCCCAGCCCGGCCUGCUCAGCCAGUCCGCCCCCAGCUGCUUCUGGCAGGUCCGCUCUGAACACUCCUACCAGGGUCAUGUGAUCUUCCCUGUCCAGGCUUGCCCCCCUGUUCAGGUGCUAGCGUCCCCAGUGUCCUGUCCCUGGACCCCCCCGGCUGCCGUCCUGAACACCACACAGGUGGCCCCGUUCCGUAAUCGCUCCAUCAGUGUGGGUGAGCAGUGGCUCCAGCAGCAGAGCGUCCCCAUCAGGCCACACCCUGCUGGUGCAUCUCCACCCAGAAGCCACUGUGCCUCCAGGAGGGCCAGAGGCGAGGCAAAGAAGUGCCGGAAGGUGUAUGGCAUCGAACACCGGGACCAGUGGUGCACAGCCUGUCGCUGGAAAAAAGCCUGCCAGCGCUUUUUGGACUGAACCAUGUACGGAGCGAGGAAGAAACAGAGGAGGAGAAACCCACCUCUUUAAUAGAGACUGAAACUUGGUACGACCACGUGAACACCAUGUUUUUUUAUAACUUUUGUAACUUCUUUCCUAUUUUUACUAAGGUGAUUCAUGUUGUGAUGUCUGUUCUCCUAGAGAACUGUUUCUAUUGCGCUUACA